AAGAAAUGCAUUUAGAGAUGAGGUGGUUCCACAUCAUUGGUUCAGCUGAUGAAGCCAAAAGUAAAGGCUGACUAUGGAGUCUGGAGUAAUCAAUGACUUUUGUUUUGUGUGUGUGUGGGUGUGUGUGUGUGUGUGUGUAUGUGUGCCGAUGUUACCCAUGCUCAGAGAGGCGGGCUCCAACCCGGUUUGGCCACUGCUGUAUUCUCAGAUGGAAGAUGUCGUGCUGCCGCCUGCAUGAACUAGUUCAGCCUUGGAUUUUUAGUUUCUGAUGGAUAUGGCGUGAUGUUUCCAGAGAGUUAACCUUCGCGUGGCUUUUAGAAUCUGAGUUAUCACCACCCGGUCACUCUUGGUAAGACUUCACCUACUUGACAAAAGUUAGAGGUCAUAAGCCUGCAGAGACAAAGGUAAGUACAGUAAAAAUAUGGUCAAUUUUUCUGCUUAAAACUCUAAAAUAUCAUUGCUUCCAGUACAAUGAAAUUUUCAACAGGUCCGUUGGAUUAGCUUGUAGAUGUUAGUGCAUUUAAACAAAUAUUCUUAUCAAAUGAAACUUGAGAAAUGUGGCAGCAGAUAAAAACCCAACAAAAGACCCACAAAAAAACUGUGGUUUUGAUGAAAUGUAUACAAAAUGUACAAAAACUCAGAUUUUGACUUGAUGGCUUAUCAAAAUAAAAGCUUUCUGAGGUCAGAAAAAGGGCCAACGUUAUAUUCGGAUGACAAAGUCCUGCUUUUUCGUUUUAUAUGCUUAAAUAGAUGAGGUUUUGGUGGAUUUUUGUGAUUUUUAUUUUGCGUGCGGCUGCAGUUCACUGUUCAUCGUUAAACUAAUCCCUGUCUGAGUUUGCAGCAGCAUUACUGUUUCAUGCCCAUUGCCAGAUUGUUUUAUUGCAUUUUCAUUUUUGUAACAGCACCAGCAGAUGUUUUGUUGUGUGUGUCCUCUGUGUUCAGGAAGACAUGGUCGUAGUUGUGUGUUUUUUGCCUCUUGUUGGACAGUUGUGUAUGUGUGUGUCCACAUGGUUUUGUGUUGAUGCUAUGACAUCUAUUUAAUCUUUGUUUUUUAUUUAUUUAUUUUGGUUUGAAAAAGAAUUUUUUUAAAGCCUCACAACAGUAGAAGACAUUGACCUAAAAAGAAGAAACCUUUCACAUUUUCUUUGACACAUUUUGUUUUCCAACUGUCAAUUUUAAAUGUAAAGCAUCACAAAGCAUUACUGCUUGUUGUUUUCUAAAAUAUUGAUUUUUCUAUCACAUGAAGAGGUUAUUAUGAAGUAGACAAAAGUCUAGAUGUGAAUCCUACUAGAAAAGUUUCUUUUUUUUCAAAGUGAAAAAUUAAUAAUGGGAAAUGAGCCACUAUGCCCAGAUGAAAUGGAAAUGCUGGACAAAUGCUGGACACAUGGAGCGAUCCAUAAACUGGAAUAUAGGUCACACUCUCGUCAUGAGUUUUGUUUGAAUUCAUUUUAUAUAUGCAUGCCUGUCAGGCAUGGAGAGUCCACUAGAUGUCUCAGUGUGUUUAUAUUCCAAAAAAAUAAAUAAAAGUCAUCUGUCCACUGUUCUUGUUUCUCCCCCCAACCCCCCUCUUACUGUUUCCCCUUCUGUUCACUUAUAUUUUUGUUUCCCAUAAUUCAAACAUGGCAAAAUUGGGUGGUGAAAAAGAGUGAAGAAAGUCUCUAAAAAUAAAAAGCUGGAAAAACAAAUUAUAAGCACAAAGCAAAAGACAAAAGUGCAAUUGCUUCGAUAGAUGAUGGUAAGAGACCGUGUGAAUGUAUGAGGGGAGCGUGAGAUGGAUGGAGAGAGAAAGAAGGGAGGAGGGGUUUAAUCCCGCCUGGAUUAUGGUAUAAACUGGUGCUGAAAGGAGGAACAGAUACUGUGGAGUGCAACUAUCCUUCCAUCAAUCCAUCUGUCUUCCUUUUAUGCCGCUUCACAUAUAGAUAUAAUUUUUUGAAAGCAAAAUUUCAGCUUUUUUCUUUUUUUGAGAAUAUGACAGUUUUCUGAUAUUGAGGAGUGAACUUUACUGGGACGUUCCAAGACUUCUGUUACGCUGUAUUAUCCCAGUCUCCAAGCGAGGAAACAUGGAAGAGAGACGAGGAUGAUGGGAGUAUCAAAAAUCAGAUUAGUCACCCUGCAGAGGGAGGUGUAGGAGGAUGACAAGACUCCGCUGUGACCUCCUGUGCACAGCAGUGACCUCUGACACAGGAGAAAAAAGCUUUGUAGGUUCUGUCCUAUGGUGGAAUAACCAGCUUAGCUGAUAUCAAAUCACUCCAUCAGACAUUGCUUUCGGAUCUGAACAAUUCUAAAAAAAAAAAACUAAAAAAAAACGGCAUGCAGCUAAAGCUUUGACAGCAGAACACAAGCCAGUUUGCAACUCUUGCUGGGCUGAUGCAGAUUGCAGCUGCUGCAGGGAUGAGCCGCUGGAGUACAGGAAAAGCUGGGAAGGCCAUCAGAUUGGAAAGAAGUGGGCCACACAGAAGGAGGCUAGUGAUGCUGAUGUGGAUUAUGCUCUUCAGCAUGCUGUGCCUGACGGUGGAUAGCCAGAUGAAGAUUCCACCAGAAACUGUACAGCAGUGGGCCGUGUCCUUUGGAAAAGAAAUAGCUGCUCUGUCUGCCAAAUACUCAGGUGCUAAACUUCUGCAGAAGAAAUACAAAGACAUUGAAGGUGCUGUGAAGAUAGAAGAGGUGGAUGGUGAGGAGCUAGUGAAGAAGUUUGCAGAGGAAAUGGAAGAAAUGCUUGGGAGGAAGAUGAAAUCUGUGAAGAAGCUUGCAGAAGCAGCAGAAGACGCUGAUCUGGUUCAUGAAUACAACGAAACACUGCAGUUUGACUACUUUAACUCUCUGCUGAUCAACACUGUGGAUGAAGAUGGAAACUCAAUCCCACUUGGGGGAGAAUUCCCAUUGGAGAAAAAUGAACAUUUUAAUAAACUGCCAGUAAACACACAGCAAAGUAACAUCCAAGUUCCUACAAACGUCUACAAUCAAGAUCCAGAUAUUUUAAACGGAGUGUAUAUGUCUGAAGCUUUAAAUGACAUCUUUGUGGAUAACUUUCAAAAAGAUCCAACCCUUACCUGGCAGUACUUUGGCAGCUCCACAGGCUUCUUCAGGCUUUACCCAGGAAUCCAGUGGACCCCUGAUGAAAAUGGCGUGGUGACCUUUGACUGCAGGAACAGAAACUGGUAUAUCCAAGCAGCUACAUCACCCAAAGACGUAAUAAUCGUGGUGGAUGUCAGUGGCAGCAUGAAAGGACUGAGGCUGACAAUAGCUAAACACACAAUCAACACGAUCCUAGACACACUGGGAGAGAAUGAUUUUGUCAACAUUAUAGCAUACAGCGACUAUGUCCGCUAUGUGGAACCAUGUUUCAAGGGUAUUUUGGUGCAGGCUGACCUGGAUAACAGAGAGAGCUUCAUGUCAGAGGAGAAGGAAAAGUAAAAAAUGCAAUGAAGGAGUCUUUCAAAAUCCUGAAUGAGGCUGCGGCGCUGGGGCAGGGCAGCCUGUGCAAUCAGGCCAUCAUGCUGAUAACAGACGGCGCUAUGGAAGACUUUCAGGAUGUCUUUCAGGAGUUUAAUUGGCCAGAUCGACGAGUUCGAGUCUUCACUUAUCUAAUUGGACGGGAAAUGACUUUUGCAGAAAAUGUUAAGUGGAUUGCCUGCAACAACAAAGGCUACUACACACACGUGUCCACACUGGCUGAUGUCCAGGAAAAUGUUAUGGAAUAUCUCCAUGUUCUCAGCAGGCCAAUGGUUAUCAACCACGACCACGAUAUAAUCUGGACUGAAGCCUACAUGGACAGUGUGCUUCCUAAUAAAAAUGAGCUGUUUAACACUCAGGCGCAAAGUCUGCUCAUGAUGACUUCAGUAGCAAUGCCUGUGUUCAGCAAAAAGGAAGAAACAUUGUCUCAUGGGAUAUUGCUGGGGGUCGUGGGAACUGAUGUGGCCUUGAGAGAACUGAUGAGAUUAGCUCCAAGAUACAAGCUGGGUAUCCAAGGUUACGCUUUCCUCAUCACCAAUAAUGGUUACAUCCUGUCUCAUCCUGACCUGCGACCUUUGUAUAAAGAAGGGAAGAAGCUGAAGCCCAAACCCAACUAUAACAGUGUUGACCUUUCUGAGGUGGAAUGGGAAGACACUGAAGAAAAACUGAGGACAGCCAUGGUCAAAGGAGAAACGGGAACUCUGUCUUUAGAUGUGAGAACCUCAGUGGAUAAAGGAAGGAGGGUGUUGUUCUUGAGAAAUGAUUACUUCUACACAGACAUCAAAGAAACACCUUUCAGUCUUGGUAUCGUGUUGAGUAGGGGAUAUGGAGAGUAUAUCUUCACAGGAAACGUUUCAGUAGAGGAUGGUCUUCAUGACUUACUGACCCCGGAUCUGACCAUAGCCAACGAGUGGACCUACUGUGAGACUGACAUCGACCCAGCACAUCGUAAACUGACCCAACUGGAAGCUGUGAAGAAAUAUCUCACAGGAAAAGAACCAGAUCUGGACUGUGAUUCUCAGUUGUUGCAGCAAACUUUAUUUGACGCUGUGGUCUCGGCUCCUAUGGAAGCGUACUGGACUGCACUAAUGCUCAACACAUCGGGGAUGGAUGACGGGAUUGAAACAGCUUUUUUGGGGACUCGUUCAGGCUUGCUGAGAUUCCAGAGAUACGCCGGAAUUGAAAAAAGAAGCGGCAGGUCUUUCCUGACCUCCACAGACAUGGAGAAUAUGUUCACCCUGGAUCAUUUCCCAGUAUGGUACCGCAGAGCAGCUGAGUAUCCAGCUGGGCAGUUUCUAUACUACAUGCCCAGACAAGACACAAGAGAUGCAUUCAGAGACUAUGAGGCUGACUAUAGUGCCACCUUGAGUGCGGAGGCGGUGGAACAUCAAGAGGAGCAGGGAGGGAGGAAACGCAGGGACACAAAAGAGGAUGCGGCAGGGAAGAUAGUGAUCAGUGCCACUGCUGUCACGGUGACUGUGGGAAAGAAAACCACCAUAGCUGGAGCAAUUGGAGUCCAGAUGUCUGUUGGAGCAAUCGAGUCCAGAUUUUUGGCCAUUACAGCUCAGCCAAAUGACACUGAUUGUUCUGCUGUUGAGGGGGUCUGUCCUCUCCGCUGUGAUACACUUGAUAUUGACUGUUACGCCAUUGACAAUAAUGGCUUUGUCCUCAUUUCCAAACGGCGCAGUGAUGCAGGAAAGUUCUUUGGCGAAGUUGACGGCUCAGUGAUGACCACACUUAUCAGGAUGGGCAUGUUCAAAAGGGUGUCGUUGUUCGACUACCAGGCCAUGUGUAAAACAAACACACACUCUGUUAGCAGCGCCCGCACGCUCUUCAGUCCUUUCUAUGGUCUGGCUUCAGCCUUCAAGUGGAUCAUCUCCAACUUCCUGCUGUUCCUACUGAAGUUUAAUAUCUGUGGAUUCUGGCAUACAGAGCAUUUUGCUGAGGCCAAGUCAUCUUUCAGUGUGUCCUAUGUUCAUAAGAAAAAAGUGGACAUCCUGCAGCCAUGUGACACUGAGUACCCCAGCUUCAUUUAUGAGCCGUCAGUCAAAGAGACCAACAGCAUUAUCAAGUGUGGACGAUGCCAGAAAAUGUUUGUAGUGCAACAGAUCCCAGAGAGCAACCUGUUGAUGUUGGUUGUGCAAGCAGACUGUGACUGCUCCAGGCAGUACCCGCCCAUAACCCUGGAGCCCAAAGAAGUCAAAUAUAAUGCAUCAGUGAAGUGUGACAGAAUGAGGUCUCAGAAGAUUCGCAGACGCCCUGAGUCCUGUCAUUCUUAUCAUCCGCAGGAGAAUGCAGACGACUGUGGAGGGGCAUCUGUCAUUUCACUGUCAUAUGUCCUCCUCCUGCUAUGUCUUUCCAUUGCUGGAUCAAUUUCCUGAUGAUGGACAACUUUCUUACAACGUUUUUAAGUCUUCUUGCUCUCAUUAAAAAAAAGGAAAAAAGUCUUGGACUUCUGAAGCAUUAUAUUUUGUAAGUUUAAGAAUGACAACCGAGUAAAGCAAGUUAAUGGAUUGCUGUUGCCAUGGACACUUUCCAGCAAACUCACUCCUGCACGCCUUUGAGUCACAGAUUGAAAAUGGACUGAAAAGAUGAAGGUUACAGCAUCUGUUUUUAAAAGGAAUGGUGAGUCACAAGUUGCAGCAUAAGUAAUUAGAGCAAGAGUGCAACACAUCUCCAGUUGUCCGUCUCCAUCUUCCUCUGAUCUGAAGAUCACAGGCAAGGCCUAGAGCGCAUUUGCAAAUAUGCACUUCAGCCUUCAAGAUCCACAUUACUGCAUCUGUUUUUGUUAUAUGUUGCAUUUGAAAAAAUAGUUAGCGUGAAGAGAAACUUGAGUUGGUAAAUUGUAUCACAGGGCAUUUUUUAAAGGGGUUUGAUGAAUCAACCAAAGCAGACUAGAUGAAGGCCCAGUCAGAAAUGUCUUAUAUGAGUGGUAUCAGAAAUAUUUAAGUUAAAAGUUGGAAGGGUCAUACUUUUAUCCCUAAUUUUUACAUGUUUUAAGACUAAUUACAUUUUACCUGCCACAAUUUUAAAACGUUUUUCUGCCUUUUUUUGUCUUGUGCACUUUCACCAUGUAAUUAAAUUGUUCUUGAAGUUAAAGCAAAAAAAAGUUUUUCUUUUGCAUAACAUUUUGCCUCAGGUUUUUUUUUAAGUAUCUGUAAUGCUCUGCUGAAAAAAAUAAGUAAACAACUUUAAAAGAAAAAAGAAUCACAAUGGUAUCUAUCUAAUGAUAAUAACAUUUGUUAAUGUUGAUUUAUUUACCAAUAAAUUACAAUGUAUUUUUAUAUUGAUUUAACUGAACGCUUCUUUUUUUCAAACUUCUUUUUUUCUUCCAUUUUUGCAUGUUAAAAAGAUUUACUUCUAAUAUAUUUGUUACCUUUUUUAUAUUCUUUUUAACUAAAACAUUUAAAAUGGUCUGACUGAAAUUAUUAUUUUUGUUGUUGUUGUCUUUGGUUGUGUUAUUGACAGAGGUAAAAUCUAAUAUAUAUGAAAUGUUUAUGAUUUUUUUUAGGAGGAGCUAAAACUUGGAAUGUGAUUUUGUUCUUUUGUUCUGUUUUUUUCCUUUGUAAAACAAACCUGUAAAUUGUUCUUAUGAAAGUAUUACAUGGAUUAAAGCCAUUAUUUAUAAAAUAAAAGAUCCACAAAGUUGUUUUUAUUA